CAUGCACGUUUUUUUAUCUUAAAUUUCCCGCUGAUAGGCAUCAUAGAAAGUACGCGAGCAUAUACAUUUUUAUCAUGAUUUGUCGGUAAAUGAUGACAAUAGAACACUAUAUAUGAUUCAUUCUAAGGAUGGAUAACGAUUGUGUACGAAUCACUAAAUAAUUUGUUAAGCCAUUUCUAUGUUAGAAAUCCAUCCUAGCAGUGUCUUCGGAAGCCAUUGUAGUGUCAAAAGCACAAACGCCAUUGAAGUGUCAAAGCAUUUCAAUGCUGGAAGCCAUCGUGGUGCUGCCAUUGCAGUCCUGCAUGAUGCUGGUAUUGACAUGUUUCAUUAGCAAAAUCUAGUUCGAGGUUUGUUUCGCAGAUGUUUUCAGCAAAAUGGCAGUCGCGGAAGCCAACGGACUGAAAAAAAUCUAUCGUUCCUUUUGAAAAGGUUCAAACAUAACUUUGGCUUCCGUUCACUAAUAAAAUCCUUCCACCAAUAGAAGCCCAGGGAGCUUCUUUGUUACCAUAGCGACGCUAUUGUGUGUUUAAUUGGUUGGCUGUUGACCGACUGGUGUGAAACGGAGGUAAUAGAUUUUCACUUUAGUUAAGCACUUUCUUUUGUGCGCGUUGUUUUGUGAGCGCUGAUGCAUAAUGUAUUGGUUUAGCGGUUAUUCAGUCAACUGUGCAUAGCAACUUUCUACGAAAGCCAUAAUCAUUUCACAAACAGGUCAAGUGGGUAGGGAUUCAAGCCCAAGGAAGUGAUGUUCAUCACAGUUCGCUACGGAGACGGCGAAGAGAGCUUGUUCAAUCCACAUUGCCGAAUCAAUUCUCUGUUGGAGGACAUUAGGAAAAGAUGUAAAUGCACAAAAGAUGCGCACGUAGAUCUGAGUGAUGAGCGGGGAAAUCUCAAAUACCUCGUGGAGCAUCCAACUAGCUACGCGUCCGACCUGCUCAAAGAACGCGAGUCCUUCGUACUCAUUCGGAUUGAGAAGAAGCCAGAGGACGAAGGUGAUAUGUACACACCGCUACUCAAUGACAUCGACGUCAUCACGGAAUCCUUUCUAGAGCGGCUGUCAAAGUGCGAGAGCGAAACAGCAAGCAGCAAGAGCACCAAGGCCGCCGUGGUCACAAACAACAACAAGAAACAGAGCUUGGUGAACAAGGCGCGCAAUGCAUUCAUGUCUAGCCCUACACGCGGCACCAGAAGCCGCGAGCGAACCAGUAAGAGUCCGAACGCAGUCACCAAGAAAUUGUCACGGUGACAUCGAAAAUGCAUUGCGUUACCAACAUAUCGUUACGAUGACGUUUAAACUCUAUUGCGUUACCAAAUGAUCGACGCGAUGACGUCAAAAAUCUAUUAAGUUACGAUGAACUUGAAACUUUAUCGUGUCGGUCAUGAAAAGAACUUCAAGUAGAACCAAAUGUGUCGCUCGCAGUAGCUAAGGCAUCCUUUGAAUUUCCAGAAAAAAAUCGACAACAAUUAAUAAAUUAAUUUAAUAAAAACAGAUUUGUAUUUGU